AUGUCUGAAGUCUACAUCAAGGAGCCAGGCACAAAGGGCAAGGCCGUGUUGCAGACCACGCAUGGCGACCUGGAGAUUGAGCUCUGGGCAACAGAGACGCCCAAGGCCUGUCGAAACUUCUGCCAGCUGAUUCUGGAAGGGUACUACAACGGCACCACCUUUCACCGAGUGAUUCGCGACUUCCUGGUCCAGGGCGGAGAUGCCACCGGCACGGGUGAUGGCUGCGAGAGCAUUUAUGGCCAGCCAUACCCCGACGAAGUCCAUCCUCGGCUGAAGUUCAGGUAUCGCGGCAUGAUGGGUGUGGCCAGUGCCGGCAGAGGGACAAAGACAAACGGCAGCCAGUUCUUCAUCGCCAUGGGCCGCCUUCCCUCCUUGGACGGCAAGCACACCCUCUUCGGAAAGGUGGUGGGGCAGACGAUCUACAACCUCGUCCGCCUGAACGAGGUCGAGGUCGACAAGAACGACAUCCCCGUCGAUCCCCCGAGGAUAAUACGGGCAGAGUUGGUUUGGGAUCCAUUCGGCGACCUCGAGCCGCGCUACAAGGUGGGUGGUCCUGCGAAGGCGUUGAAAGGCGACAAGGACGAGCACAGGCGCGCCCCAGUCCACAAGAAGAAUGUUCUCUCUUUCGCCGAAGACUGCAGCGAAGAGGAGGAGCAGGAGGACACCAAAGCAGGAGGAAAGGUCAAGAGCGCGCACGACGUCCUUAACGAUCCACGACUCCUGCGAGAAGUGGCCUAUCCUGAGGAGGUUGCCGAGAAGAAGAGCCUGCGCGACAGCAAGCGCUCGGCUCCCGCAAACGAGGAGAGCGCCAAGAGGCCGAAGGCUGCCGAGAAGUCUACGGCCUUCGGCCAUACCUGA